AUGAGCGAUACCGAGCUCCAAGAAAUAUACAGAUUCGCUUUAAAUCUCGGCCGUAGAGCAGGUAAGAUCCUGCUGGAUGGCGUGGAGAAGAGAUGUGGUGCCGAGAGUGGGAGGGAUGUUGGAAAACAGGAAGAGAAGAUGAAUGCUGUGGAUAUUGUUACGCAGACAGAUUUAGAUGUUGAGGCUUUUGUAAAGGAUGAGAUUAUGGGGAAAUAUCCAGAUCAUAAAUUCAUCGGAGAAGAGACAUACAGUAGCGGCUCAUCAAAGGAGUAUCUCGUAACCGCCUCUCCAACAUGGAUCGUCGACCCUCUCGACGGAACAGUAAACUACACUCACCUAUUCCCCAUGUUCUGUGUCUCCAUCGCCUUCUGUCUCAACAACCAACCCGUCGUAGGCGUAAUCUACCAGCCUAUGCUCGACACCACAUAUUCGGCACUUAACGGCCACGGCGCAUUCCAGGAUGAUGCACACCCGACUAAACCAAGGAGGGCGUUGCCGUAUGUGAAUAGUCCGAAGCAGGUACUGGGGAAAGAGGCGCCGAAAGGCUGUAUUUUCAGCUGUGAAUGGGGUAAGGAUAGGAGGGAUGUUGAAGGUGGGAAUAUGAGGAGGAAGAUUGGCAGUUUUAUGAAUAUGGCUGCUGAGGUUGGGGGAAGAGGUGGGAAGGGCGGGAUGGUACAUGGGGUGAGGAGUUUGGGAAGUGCGACUUUGGACCUUGCAUAUGUUGCUAGUGGAGCCUUCGAUAUCUGGUGGGAAGGAGGCUGCUGGGAAUGGGAUGUUGCGGCUGGGAUAUGUAUCCUGCGUGAAGCGGGUGGAUUGAUCACCUCGGCCAAUCCUCCGAAGAACCCGGAGACAGAUCCGAUUGAAGACGUAAAGUUGGGCAGCAGGCUCUACCUGGCUGUGAGACCAGCUGGUGACGCGGAAGGGGAGACUGGUAGGCAAGCCCAGGAGAGAGUAGUCAGGGAAACAUGGAAGAGAGUAGAGGGGUUAGAUUAUUCAAGACCAGGAGCAUGA